GGCUCGACAGCGGGCACCGCGUCAUCUGGCAAGGUAGUGGGCACCGAGUCACCAGGCACGACAGUGGGCUCUGAGUCAAUUGGCACGACAGCGGGCACCGGGUCAUCAGGUACCAGAUCGUCUGGCUCGACAGCAGGCACACGGGUCAUCUGACGCUGGAUCGUCUGGCUUGAAAGCGGGCAUCGGGUCACCAGGCAUGACAGCGGGCACUGGGUCAUCAGGCAUUGGAUCGUCUGGCUCGACAGCGGGCAUUGGGUCACCAGGCAUGACAGCGGGCACCGGGUCAUCAGGCAUUAGAUCGUCUGGCUCGACAGCGGGCAUCGGGUCACCAGGUAUGACAGCGGGCACCGGGUCAUCAGGUACCGGAUCGUCUGGCUCGACAGCGGGCAUCGGGUCACCAGGCAUGACAGCGGGCACCGGGUCAUCAGGCAUUAGAUCGUCUGGCUCGACAGCGGGCAUCGGGUCACCAGGUAUGACAGCGGUCACCGGGUCAUCAGGUACCGGAUCGUCUGGCUCGACAGCGGGCAUCGGGUCACCAGGCGUGAUAGGAUCAUCAGGCUGGGUACAGACAUCAGGCUGGGUAGAGACAUCAGGCUGAAGUGCGGGUGCCGAGGCACCAGGCUGAACCACGGAAGGCAGGUUCUCAGACGCAGGCUCACUGGUUUGGAUACUGGCA